AUGUCCGGGUUAACCCUCGGGCGAGGCCCUGGGGGCGUGCGACCGACUCAAACCGCAACUUUUACCACCCACCACCCGUCCGCCGAUGCUGACCGCUCCUCCAACAACCUCCCCCCUACCUCCUCGCAGCUGUCCGAUGACUUUUCUUUCGGUUCCCCUCUGAGCCCCGCCGACUCACAGGCCCAUGACGGCCUACUUCAGGACUCCCUCUUCCCUGAAUGGGGGUCUGGUGCGCCUCGACCCGGCAUUGACAGUCCGGAUGAGAUGCAGAGGCAAGAUCCGCUAGCGACUCAAAUAUGGAAGCUCUAUUCUAGGACCAAGGCCCAGUUGCCCAACCAGGAGCGUAUGGAAAACCUGACCUGGCGGAUGAUGGCGAUGAGUUUGAAACGUAAGGAGCGGGAACGUGCUCAACAGUCCAUGUUUCCUGCGAGACGCGGUAGCGCUGGCCCCAGUGGUAUCGCUCAACUGCGCAUUUCCGACCCGCCCGUUGCCACCGGUAACCCUCAGUCAACCGACCUGACCGCCGACCCUAUGAACCUCGACGAUUUCAUCGUGCCCUUCGAAUCUCCUUCGGACCACCCCUCGCCCAGUGCCGUCAAGAUUUCCGACUCCACGGCGUCCGCGGCCAUUCCCAUCAAGUCCCGGAAAGACCAGCUGAGAGAUUCUACCCCGGUGCCGGCCUCGUUCCACCAUCCGGCUCAGGAUCAACGGAAGAACAGUGAAUUUGGCUACGUCCCCCGUCGCGUGCGCAAGACGAGUAUCGACGAGCGUCAAUUUUUCUCACUGCAGGUGCCGACCCGAAAGCGACCGGCCGAAUCCUCGCCCCAGGUACCCCCCGUUUCCAACUCGAUGUUGGCCCACGAUCCGGACCUCGCUUCCGGCGUGCCCGAUUAUGCCUUGGACGCCCCGUCCUCGGCCUUUGGCUUCCAUCAGGGUAACCACCAUCCGGUCAAUCAUCACAACCACACCUCCCCCGGGGCACCGUUUGGCUUGGAUACGUUCGGCCUGGGAGAUGAUCCAAUCUUGCCCUCCGCGGGCCCCUACCAGUCGCAAUUCACCUUCUCACCCAGCGAGUCUCCGAUGGCCUCCGGUCAUCCGUUUGCGAACCUCUAUUCGCAUACCCCGGUGGCUUCGUCCCUCAACUCGACGGAUUUCUUCUCUCCACCGCCAUCAGGCUACCAGUCCACGGCAUCCACGCCGCAGCCCACCUACGACGGGGACCAUUCCGUUUAUUUCGAUAUGCCGUCGGGCGACGCGCGCACCCAGCGCCGCAUUCCGAACUAUAUUUCGCAUCGGUCCAACUUGUCUGCUUCGCUGCAGCCUCGGUAUAUGUUCAACCAGAACAACCAUGAACAGGCCAGUUCGUCGACGGUGCAUUCGCCGAGCUACCCCAUUCCCCAGCCGCAACAUGUGGACCCCACUCAGGUGUUGAACGCCACCAAUUACUCGACCGGCAACUCCCACCAUACCGGCGCCAUGUUUUCAUUUGGAGCCGAUUCAGAUAACGAGGAUGACGAUGGUCAUCAGCUGUCCGAGCGGGCUGGUCUGGCGAUGCCGACUGAAUAUGGGGACGAGGACGGGUUCUCGUCGGGCAUGCAGUGGGAUGGGCAGUUCCCGGGCUCCUUCCAUUCGCUGCCGGGCUUUGGCCCUCAACAUCGCAAGCAUGUUACCAUCGGGUCCACGGACAUGAUGGACACCCCCGAGGAGUGGAAUCACGGUGGCAGUUUGGGUCGGACUCAUGGGUCGGUGGCUUCGGUCAGUGAGGUGCGCAACCGAGAGCAGGACCCUCGCCGGCAGAAGAUUGCCCGCACCACGUCCACCCCCAAUACGGCCCAGCUGUUGCGCCAAAGCAUGCACUCUAAUAACAAUACGUCUCAUACCUCCCCUAAUACGCCGCCCGAGUCCGCCCUGAGCAGCGCAGUUCCGUCCCGCCCGGCCAGUCCCGGGGGCAGCAAGAACGGCGACCAAGGCAGCAACGGACCGACCACCUGCACGAACUGCUUCACUCAAACCACUCCGCUGUGGCGUCGGAACCCAGAGGGCCAGCCACUGUGCAAUGCCUGCGGGUUGUUUUUGAAAUUGCACGGUGUCGUGCGCCCUCUGUCCCUGAAAACGGACGUUAUCAAAAAGCGCAACCGUAGCAGUGCCAACAGCUUGGCGGUUGGGACCUCCCGUGCGUCGAAGAAGACAGCCCGCAAGAACUCGGUGCAGCAAGCAUCCGUCACGACUCCGACAUCAAGCCGCGCUCAGAAUGGGACUUCCUUCGAAUCCCCGCCCGCCGGCUUUAGUGCUGCCGCGGGACGGUCGAAUGGGGUGGUACCCAUUGCCGCCGCUCCUCCGAAGGCAGCUCCCUCCGCAGCCGCCUCCCCUAGCACGGGCCAGACCCGCAACCCGAUCCAGGCUGCCCCGAAACGUCAACGACGGCUGGAAAAGGCCACGGAGAUGGAAACGGACGAGGCUAACAAGUCCGCGGGAGGCCGAUCCAAGGUGGUGCCUCUGGCACCCGCCAUGCCACCGGCAGCAGCCAAUCCGGCGAACCAUAGUAUUGCCGGAGGCCAAGGGGCUAGUCAGGAAUGGGAGUGGUUGACGAUGAGUCUGUAA